AAACAAGUGUCAAGUUGAACUUGAACUGUCAUACGAAAUCUAGAUUUUUUUCAGAAUUCCAGUGCUUAUUUACGCUAAAAAGCAGUUAUUUCAAGAAAUAAAUGUUGUGACGAAUCUGUAACCAGUACGUUUGCGGGUGGAGUGGGCACAGGCACAUUAAUGUGGCUAAAAAACCUUUUCAAGUCCGUGGUUAUCGGCUUACCAGUUGGCAUAACCUUAGUCGACACCGUAGGUUAUGUAGCCAGAGUCGAGGGCAUAUCAAUGCAGCCGGUGCUGAACCCGGAGUCCACGAACACCGACUACGUGUUCCUGUCGCGAUGGGCCGUCAGAGACUUCUCCGUGCGUCGUGGUGACAUCAUAUCAUUAGUUUCCCCUAAAGACCCUAAUCAGAAGAUAAUCAAACGUGUCGUAGCUCUACAAGGGGACGUCGUCAACACUCUGGGAUACAAGAACCAGUUUGUGAAGGUCCCUGAAGGCCAUUGUUGGGUGGAAGGCGACCAUACAGGCCAUACUCUGGACAGCAACACCUUUGGUCCUAUAUCUUUAGGCUUGAUCAAUGCGAAAGCUGUGGCCAUCGUGUGGCCGCCCGACCGAUGGCAGAACUUACAGAGCCACUUGCCAGCUAACAGAAAACCUGUUGCCCAUGCAAUAUAGUAAAUUUUCUAGCAUAUUUAGUGCCUAAUUUAAAUUUGUUAAGUAUUUAAGCUUGUAAAAAUAGUGGUAGGUGAAUUGAUUUGGUAGAUGUGUUGUUACUGAUUAUGAUAUAGGUAGUACCUAUCCAUGUUAAACCUUGCAUCUUUAAUGUAAUAUGAUUGAUCCAUAAAAUGCAUGAAAAUUCUAGGUUGUGAAGUGGCCACCAAUUUCAAAAUCUUAAAGGGAUAUUGCAUAAAGGGUGAUUUAAUCAUCUUGGAUGAAACAAGUGAUAUCAGUAUGAAAAUAUACCUACAUACAGUUUUGUGAAGCUCAAAUAGACUAAAUUUAAUUUAUUUAAAAGAUUUUUAAUAUAUGGAUCAUCUUGGCCAAAUCAUACUUAAACUCACACACAAUUACAUACAUGUUAGGUAUCUUGCAGGCCACUAUUUGGUACAAUUUAAUUACCAGGCAUCUUUGUAACCAUUAAUUUAUAUCUCUUUUAACCUUCAUUUUGGAUCUCUGUCUAGUCUUAUGAUUGGUAAAUUUUGGUGGAUUGCAUUGUUACUUUCCAUAUCCAUCUCAUUUUAUUUUACUUUGUUCUUAUGUUUUUGUUUUGUCCAACUAGAAUUAAGUAGGAAGGAAGCUAAAAUGAUUUAAGUAAAAAGCUUUUACAAACAGAUUUGUGAGCAAUAAACACUGUUCAAUAUUUUA